AUGAGCAAAUCAAUCUUUGUUGUUUGUAUCACUUUAUUGGUUGUUCUAUCCCCAACUCUAAAUGCUAAAAUGGUGACUUACCCGAAUGGUGAUAGACACUGUGUAAUGGCCCAAGGCCAAGUGAUAAGUGCAUGCUUGCAACAAGCCAACGGACUACCACAUGCGGAUUGUUGCUAUGCCAUAAACGAUGUAAACAGAUAUGUAGAGACAAUCUACGGUCGUUUAGCUCUUUGCAAAUGUUUCCAGGAAAUUCUAAAAGAUUCUCGAUUUACAAAACUUAUUGGUAUGCCUGAAAAAUGUGCCAUUCCUAAUGCUGUGCCUUUUGACCCCAAAACGGAUUGUGACAGGUUUGUAGAACAUAUUUGGCUUAAAAUGUUUUGA